AUGCCCAACUGGACAAAUCAGAAUGCUUCAAUAACAUCCUCCUUCGAUGACAACGCCUCCGAGGUGGCCCGGAAUUUCGGCGCAAAUGUGGAAGAUGACGGACUCGAUGGAAGCUACGACAUGACUGCGGACACGGACAACUCUGACGAAGUCGACUAUUAUACCUUACUUGGCCUAUCUUCAAAGCCAGCGCCGACCGACUCUGAAAUUCGCUCCGCAUAUCGCACCCUUUCUCUGAGUUUCCAUCCGGACAAACAACCGCCGCACCUGCGCCAUGCAGCUGAGGAACAGUUUAGACGCAUCCAAGAAGCGUACGACACACUCAUUGACAACAAGAAGCGCACUGUAUAUGAUUUACUGGGAGCUGAAGGUGUACGGCGAGAAUGGUCCGCCGCAGGUGCAAUGGGUGUUAGAGGCGAGGCGCAGAGACAGCACAUCGGUAUCAAAGCUAUGUCCCCCGAUGAAUUUCGACGUUGGUUUGUGAAGCGGAUGAAGACUCGCGAAAGAAAAGCUGUAGAGAGCAUGGUUUCGAGUAAGGGCACUAUCACCAUUAUGCUCAACGCGUCGAACACUAUAGAUGUGGAUGAGGAUCGAGAUGUGACACUGCACAUACCAAGGCCUAAACUGCAAACAUUUGGUGCCGCGUAUCAGUUCAAGGUUCCUUUGCCUCUGCCCGAGUUUCUGCACGCAACGAAGAAACUGGAGGACAAUGAUCAAUCUGAAAUGAAUGAAACUGAGGAAGAAGAUGAUCCUAUUCAGGUGACUUUUAAUGCCGGUAUCGUGGGGAACGUUAGGCCUACAGCGCAUAAGUAUAUUGUUGAAAGGGAAGAUGGUUCAGAAACAGAGGAGCUGAUUCCUGGACCUCCAUUAUUAGCAAGUCAAAACAUCACCCUUGGUGCUACGGUGACGCCCAAUAUUCAGGGUUUGGCCGGCAUCAAGGGCAUCUGGCACAAACGCCCUCUUUCAUUCCUGAAAGACUCUCAAAUCUCAUUUAAUUUGACUGCCCUUCCUGCCCCGGCGCUGCAGACAACUUUCUAUCGGGCUUUUCAACCAGCUCCUGGUAUUAAGCCUAUUCAAGUCAAGGCCGUUACUACUAUCAAACAUUCUCUAUUGGAACUUCCACCUUCAAUUGAGCUGCAAGCCACUAAAGAAGUUGCAAAGGGAAAGAUUGGUUUCAUUCAAUGGUCCAGUGGGUCUUUUGGCUGGCCUGACCUUCUUCUCGACCGGUUCAGAUUCCUUGGGAUGUCUUCAGCAACAUUUUUUGCCGCUGAAGAUGAUGGUAGCAGUUUGCAAGUUGGCCUUAUAUCUAUGCCCAGUCAGCCUGCGCUGGUAGUUGAUACUGAUGUCGAUGACGAUGACGAUGAAGACGGAGAAAAUGCCGAGCACCUGCGUGAGCUCGAGAAAAAGAAGCAAGCUAUUGAUCGCAGUGCUGCGUCGUUCCGAACACACCUACACGUUAGCCCAGAAGGAGGAGGCUUUGUGCUAAUGUAUGGACGAAACGUGUUCUCUGGCACACCAGCCGAUGACCCUGUCAAGUCCGAAUGGAGUUCUGAAGGGUACUAUCCAAUGCCGAGAAUGGAGAGUGAGCGAGCUGUGCGAAUAGAAUUCACCAGCGUCAUUAGUUUGGGCCAAUCUCCUAGCUGGUCUGUCAAGGGUACAAGGCGAGUGGGCGAGUACACCAAAGUAGGACUUGGUGUCGGGUUCGCAGGGAACGGCAUCACCAUGAACAUCCACUGGAGUCGACUUGGUCAGCGCAUCAGUCUUCCUAUUGUGCUUUGUCCUGCCGACAAGGCUGUCCACGAAGCAGCGGUUCUAGGGGCUGUCAUCCCUUGGCUCGCCUACUGUGCCUUUGAAUUUGGGUACAUCAGGCCAAGCAACAGGAAGAAGCGUCGUCAGCUCGCUGCCCGUCGUCACAACGAGCUGAAGAAGCUUAUUCCUCUGAAACGAGAGGAAGCCCUACAGGCCACAGAGCUCAUGGUCGACCAAGUGCAAAGACGGCAAGAUCGAGAAAUGCUACAGAGUGGCUUCGUUGUCACCAGGGCGGAGUACGGAUUUUAUCCCCCGAAGAACAAGAAGGCCAAGCCGGGCUUCAACGAGCCCCGAGUGAUUGAUGUGACCGUCCCCGUGGCUGCGUUGGUGGACCGAGGCCAACUAAUAAUUCCCCAAAACACAGUCAAGUUCCAAAUUCUCGGAUUCUAUGACCCAGCACCGCUGCUCCCCAAACGGUUAAAGAUCUGGUAUACCUUCCAGGGUCGUGAACACUACGUGGAGGUCGGCGAUAAGGAGGGUGCAGCUUGUCCUAUGCGUACACACACUACAUCUUCUUGA